AUGACACCACCACCACCACCACCACCACCACCACCACCACCACCACCAAAAGAACGUUCUACAUGUCCAUCUGAAACAACCUACUACAUGCUGAGUUGCAGUGCUGCCCAGCCCAUGGAUAUUCAUGUUCUUCAAAGCCAGCCCGCCCAGAAGGUCGCGUUUAAAGACUCUUCCACGGUUCGUGUGGGUAGUAAACUUGUUCGCAAUAAGCCACCCACCCAGCCCUCUGCUAUGCGACCCAAGCGUAAUCCAAACGCUGUAAAAAGUAAUGUACAGACUGCAAGUGCAGCGGGAGUUGUUGUUCCACCCGCCCAACCCACGAGUUGUCAUUUGGUCCGCGGCGGGUUCCAGCCGCGCCUUCCGACUUCGCUGCCGCCCCCAGGGCAGCAGCCGUCGCCGCUACCACGCCGACAGCCCGUCCCGUUGAUGCCUCCCGCGCAGCUUCAUCCGGGAGCGCCCCAGGUGGUCGCUCCGGCGCCUGCGGUCCCUCUUCAGUCGCCACCGCCUUCGGAGCUGAUGGACGUCGACCCCUCAGCCGGGCCGCCUUCCCAAGCGGUGGCUGUGCAGCCUGCCAUGCAGCCGCUUUCCUUGGGCACCCCCAAGGAGUCUGACACCGCAGCGCCUUGUCCGGCGCCCACUCAGCAGCCGUCGACGCAGCGUCAGGAGACGCUGCCUCUCUUCGUGGGUCCCGAUGCCCCGUCGCGUCCAGUACCAGAAGCUGCGCCCGUGGUCACAGGCGUGCACCCUGACCUCGGUUUUCAGUCGGUGUUUCCCGAGGCCCCGCGCAGCCAAUGCUGGGGUGCGGACCGGGGACUGCCACCGACAACAGUCUCCGCCCCGCCACUGGACAGUGCAUUUCAGCCACUGGACAGUGCAUUUCAGCCACUGGACAGUGCAUUUCAGCCACUGGACAGUGCAUUUCAGCCACUGGACAGUGCAUUUCAGCCACUGGACAGUGCAUUUCAGCCACUGGACAGUGCAUUUCAGCCACUGGACAGUGCAUUUCAGCCACUGGACAGUGCAUUUCAGUCACAGUCGCGUUCUCCUCGUUCUACUGUCAAAUCUGGAGCAUCACCGCUAAAUACUGUGACAGCGCCUAAUCGCAGAAGAUUUACUUUCUCUCUCAUGACAAGCAGUUGA